CUCGUAAUAAUUUAGACGGAAGUUUUUGCCAUAAUUCAUAAGCUUCCCAAACCUCAAAAACCCCUCCCUUUUUCAUUCUCUCCUACUCCGUAUUUCAGUCUUCCGAUUCUUAGGAGCAAACGCAUUGAUAUAUAUAUAUAUCUAUACGUAUAUAUGCUUCGGCCUCGAAUCUGUUUGCUGUACUCAGGCUACCGUCAGUGCCGCCAUCUGGCUCCGCCGCAGCAGCGGUGGAUCUCCUCCACGCCGCAGCUAGCUUCAUGGAUGGACAAAGUCAAAUCCGUCUUCACUGGUCAAAAACCCUCAAAGGACUUCACUCUCCUAUCGUUUGCAAAUGAGCUGAGCAAUGCGAGGAAGUUAUCAAAUUGGAAGCAGUAUGUCGUUGGGAGAAGUAGUGAUGCUACCUUCGCAGAUGCUUUUGCUAGGCAGGAAGCCAUUCUUAGAUGUCUUGGUGGAUUUGAUCCCACUGGAGAGAAUCUUCAAACUAGUCACAAGCAAGAGGCAGCAAAACUUUGUAAGUGCACGAUAACAGAAGUUGAGAAUGCCUUGGCAAAAUAUACUUGGGCGAAAGAAGCACAAAAGAAGCUUGAGAGGUUGAAGGAAGAAGGAAAGCCCAUGCCAAAGAGUAUGGCUGAGGUUCAACAGUUGAUGGGAUCAAGUCCAUUGGAUCUUGCACGAUCAAACUUGGCCAAGAGUGGGCAAAUUAGUAGGAAUGCACUAUGCCCUUGUGGUUCAAAGAAAAGAUAUAAGCGGUGUUGUGGGAAGGAUUAGAGCAUUGAAGGCAGCAAAGAAUAAGUCUUACGGCUACACAUACUUGGGAUCCUUUGAAUGAAUUAGAAUAGCAUUGUGGAUUUAUAUAAGUAUUGUGUUCAUUGGGGGUUGAGAUCAUUUGGAGAGUGGCUCAGCUAAUAACCAACCCAUUCUCAGCUGCAGAAAAACGCCAUCUGACUUUUGUGUUGUCCUAAUGCUAAUUUGGAGGAUUCCAGUUUUCUCUAGGGAAGGUCAGUUGGUGUGCUAAUUUUGGAACAAAACUUCUUUUGGAUUUGUUAUUGACCUAAAAAGAGUUUUGGUUGGUACUUGAGAAUAAUAAUCAUUUGCUAUGGA